GAUAUUUAAAAGUUUUUUAUUCCCAGUAUGAGCUGAAUAGAAAGCAAGCUGCCUCUGAACCUGACCCUGUCACGAUCCCUGUUUAUCACCGUCUCUCCUUAACGACUGUAGAGAUCCCAUCGGACUUAAGAGGUCAAAGACACGAUAAACAUGUGACCCAAUUUAUUACGCAGCAAGCCGCCACAGCCAAUCAGGGAAAAGCUCACACACACACACACACACACACACAUGCUCAGCCUAUUGGAGACAGUUCCCACCAGCUCAGCAAGUCAGCAUUCACUUCCAGGACAACUCAGCCAAUCAUUAGUCAUUAUCAGAGCCUGGUGGCCACUCGGGGGGGGAGCUCAGCUGGAGUCCACUUCCUCGAGGAGUUCAGAGGAGGCAGGAGAUUCCUGGUUUGACGCGUCCUCACUGACGCUGGACACUGAGUGUGUCUCCAGCUGGGAGAGAUGGUGUGGGAGUUCUGGACCACGCAGCUGGACGAGGAGGAGCUGGUGGAGAACAAUUAUGAGGAGUACAGCAGCAGCAGAGCCACUGGUAUGAACGGGCACGGUCCCAGUAAACUGGUGGACCCACUGGAAGACCCGCUGCCCGGAGUGGGAACCUACGAGGACUUCAACACCAUCGACUGGGUCCGAGAGAAGAGCAAGGACCGGGACCGGCACCGAGAGAUCACCAAUAAGAGCCGGCAGUCGAAAGUGGCUCUGCUGCUCAGCGUCAUCGAUGCCUUCUCCGGGUGGCUGCUCAUGCUGCUGGUGGGACUCAUGUCAGGCGCCCUCGCCGGCGGCAUCGACAUCGCAGCCCAUUGGCUGACGGACCUGAAGGAGGGCGUGUGUCUCGAGGGCUUCUGGUUUAACCACGAGCACUGCUGCUGGACGUACAACGAGACCACGUUCGAGGAGCGGGACCAGUGUCCCCAGUGGCAGAGCUGGGCCGAGCUCAUAGCCGGGACGUCAAAGGGGGGGUUUGCUUACUUCGUCAACUAUCUGAUGUACAUCUUCUGGGCGCUGCUCUUCGCCUUCCUGGCCGUCGCUCUGGUCAGGGCCUUCGCUCCCUACGCAUGUGGCUCCGGGAUACCUGAGAUAAAAACCAUCCUGAGUGGCUUCAUCAUCCGCGGCUACCUGGGGAAGUGGACCCUCAUCAUCAAGACCAUCACCCUGGUCCUGGCCGUCUCCUCGGGGCUCAGUCUGGGGAAGGAGGGCCCCCUGGUGCACGUGGCCUGCUGCUGCGCCAACAUACUGUGUCACCGGUUCACCAAAUACCGGAAGAACGAGGCCAAGCGGAGAGAGGUUCUAUCGGCGGCGGCGGCUGUGGGCGUGUCCGUGGCGUUCGGCGCUCCCAUUGGAGGAGUCCUCUUCAGCCUGGAGGAGGUGAGUUAUUACUUCCCCCUGAAGACCCUGUGGCGUUCCUUCUUCGCCGCGCUGGUCGCCGCCUUCACUCUGCGCUCCAUCAACCCGUUUGGGAACAGCCGCCUGGUGCUGUUCUAUGUGGAGUUCCACGCCCCCUGGCACCUGCUGGAGCUGGGCCCCUUCAUCCUGCUGGGGAUCUUCGGAGGCGUCUGGGGGGCGUUGUUCAUCAGGGCCAACAUCGCCUGGUGCCGGAGACGUAAAACCACUCGACUGGGACACUACCCGGUCACAGAGGUGCUGGUGGUCACCGCCAUCACCGCCCUGAUCGCCUUCCCCAACAGUUACACCAGGAUGAGCGGCGCCGAGCUGAUCUCAGAGCUGUUCAACGACUGCUCGCUGCUCGACUCCUCUCAGCUCUGUGGAUACCAGCAGCCGACCAACAUAUCAGAAACAGGUGCAGGGAACAGCCUGGCGGACCGGCCUGCAGCAAAGGGUCUCCUCACCGCUCUGUGGCAGCUGGCCUUGGCCUUGAUAUUCAAGAUGGUGGUCACCGUCAUCACCUUCGGCAUGAAGGUUCCCUCUGGUCUCUUCAUUCCCAGCAUGGCAGUGGGAGCCAUCGCCGGCCGACUGCUGGGUGUCGGCAUGGAGCAGCUGGCCUACUACAACCACGACUGGCUCAUCUUUAAAGGGUGGUGCUCGCCGGGGGCGGACUGCAUCACACCGGGGCUCUACGCCAUGGUCGGGGCGGCUGCGUGUCUAGGUGGCGUGACUCGUAUGACUGUGUCCCUGGUGGUCAUCAUGUUCGAGCUGACAGGCGGGCUGGAGUACAUCGUGCCCCUCAUGGCCGCAACCAUGACCAGCAAAUGGGUGGCAGAUGCUUUCGGCCGGGAGGGAAUCUACGAGGCCCACAUCCGGCUGAACGGUUACCCCUUCCUGGAGGCCAAGGAGGAGUUCGACCACAGCAGCCUGGCCGUGGACGUGAUGAGGCCCAGGAGGUCGGACCCGGCGCUGGCCAUGCUCACGCAGGAGGGCAUGACUGUGGGGGAGGUGGAGGCGCUGGUGGAGAGCACGCACUACAGUGGGUUCCCUGUGGUCGUGUCCCAGGAGUCCCAGCGGCUCGUGGGCUUUGUGCUGAGGAGAGACCUGCUCAUAUCAAUAGACAACGCCCGGAAGCGGCAGGAAGGAGUGGUCAGCGCCUCCCACGUGGUUUUCACCGAGCACGCCCCCCCCCAGGCGGAGGACGGCCCCCCUCCUCUGCGCCUCCGAGGGAUCCUGGACCUCAGCCCCUUCACGGUCACCGACCACACGCCCAUGGACAUCACCGUGGACAUCUUCAGGAAGUUGGGGCUGCGCCAAUGUCUGGUCACACAUAACGGGAGGCUGCUGGGAAUCAUCACCAAGAAGGACAUCCUGAAACACAUGGCACAGAUCGCCAACAGAGACCCGGACUCCAUCCUCUUCAACUGAGCCUUGUCCUCCCGCGUCCUCCUCCUCCUCAUCCCUCCAUCCAUCCAUCCUCUGUAGACCGGGGGGGGGGGGAGGGACUCGAAAUGAACCUUUAUCUGUUCAACUUUGAGAAGAAGCUGUUAAAGAAGAAGCCCAGUGAGUCGAGCUCCAGUUGCAAAGGUGAUUGUCGAACAAUGGAUUUAUUUUUCUGAUCAGUUAGUUGGAGGCUGGUUUUUUUUUUUGGCUUCCCACUGGAAACAGAACUACAGAAACAAUGACUCAUCCAGUGGGACGCUGCUGGUCCCAGUUUGGAGUUGGACCCCAGAAGGAACUGGGACAGGAACCCAUGAGAAACGAGUCAAUGGAAUAUUUCACAUCUGCUUCUUUUGGCCGUUUCUGUUCUGUCGCUCGUUUGCCGUCUUGUUUCUCUUCCACCGAGAAAAGAGAGAGACUUUUGAAGGAGGUGGAUAAUCCUGUUGAAGGAGGAGGAGGAGGAAGAGGUGGUGGUGGAGGAGGUG